GGCUCACCUUUUUCUUCCUUCUUAAUCACUGCCAGUGUUGGUUCGUCCCAAGCUAGUAGUCUCACCACUCCACACUAAGAAAAUAUUCCCCUUUCUCUUAACACUUCCUGGCUGGCUGGCUGGCUGCUUCUCUUUCUUUCUCUGUGCAAUGCUGAUCAUGAACUGCUAGCGGAGCGUGAAGUUUGAUAGGGAUCUGCUCCUAGGAGAAGGCCUUCUUCCUGGUUUAGAUUCGCUUGUGAAUGGGUUUUUCUUCUCUGCACGUCUGCAUGGAAUCAUCAGAUCACUGGCUCCAGGGCACAAUUCACGAGGAAUCUGGAUUGGAUUCAUCUUCACCAUCAGGAGACAUGCUUACAUGCUCCAGGCCCAUGAUAGAGAGGAGGCUAAGACCUCCACAUGACCAAGCCCUCAAGUGCCCUAGGUGUGACUCCACACACACCAAGUUCUGCUACUACAACAAUUACAGCCUCUCUCAGCCAAGGUACUUCUGCAAAACUUGCAGAAGGUACUGGACUAAAGGUGGUACUCUCAGGAACAUCCCUGUUGGUGGUGGUUGCAGAAAGAACAAGAAAGUUUCUAACAAGAAAUCCAAUAAUGACCCAUCACAUAAUAAUCAAAACCAACCAUUACAGCCUGCAGGGAUAGCCACCUCUUAUAAUCACCAUAACAACCCUAAAGACCAUCUUCAACUUUCUUUCCCAGAUGCGCAGUUUUCUCACAUUGGUAACUUACUGGGAAACCCUAAUUUCAUGCUUGAGAACCCCAGGCCUAUUGACUUCAUGGAAAGUAGGUGGGAAGGGAUAAUUGGGAGUACAUCUAGGAACUUCCAUUUUCUGGGAAAUAGUGACAUGGGUAUGGGAAUUGAGGUCGGAGAGACUAAUGGUCAUCACAAUGGGUUGCAGCCAAAUUUUCACAGUCUUUGCUCUCCAUCGGGAUUUGGGGGUAUGUCAUCUUUUGAUGGUAAUGACAAUAGUGGAGGUACUUAUAAUAUCAUGGACUCUUCUUGCCAGAGACUGAUGCUGCCAUAUGAUCAUGCCAAUGAGGACCCAAAUGCCACAAUUGAUGUGAAGCCAAACCCUAAGCUUUUGUCUCUUGAAUGGCAGGACCAGGGUUGCUCGGAUGCUGGAAAGGAGUCGUUUGGGUAUCUUAACGGUCUAGGACCAUGGACCGGCAUGAUCAACGGCUACGGUUCUUCCACGACAAACCCUCUGGUCUAAAUCUCACUACUUCAGAUGAGUGAGUCUAUCACAUCUCAGUUAUUUCUAUAUAUAAAAUAUUCCUAAGCCUUUGAUAGGAAGGUUCCUGGUUCCUUCUAUCUGGGCGGUCUAUAGUUUCUGCAUUGACUUGGCAAAGGAGUGUGAACAAGAAGCUUCAGAGUCCAAUAUCGACUGCCUUGGUGGGUUUACUUUUGGUUCAUAUAUAUUCGUGUCUUUGUGUGUGUAACAUAUGUGAAAUUAAAGCUUUGAUUAGGAUUUUGUUGUAACAUCGAGGAGGAUAUGGUAGUUCUUUUUUCGGUUAAAGAAAAUGCAGUCAAUAGUAGUACCAUUAUCUUUAUAAGUUCUUGUCCCUAUGUGCUUUUGUGAUAUAAUAUUAUGUCCCCAGAUUAAA